AUGCUAUUUGGUAUUUGUAUGUUCCACGCAAUCAUUCAAGAGCGCAAGAAGUUCGGCCCGCUAGGGUGGAACAUUACUUACGAAUUUAAUAAUAGCGAUCGCGAGUGCGCCUUGAUGAACUUGCAAAUGUUUUGUGAGGAUGGAACCAUACCUUGGGAUGCUUUGGAAUAUAUAACAAGUCUUAUAACAUACGGAGGUCGAGUAACAGACAUGUGGGAUCAACGCUGUUUAACCACAAUUUUAAAAAUAUUCUUCUCGCCGCAAACUCUUGAAGAGGGAUAUGUGUACUCCGAAUCGGGCAAAUAUUAUUGUCCAAGAUCGUCGAAACUAGAAACGUACAGGGAUUACAUAGAGUCAUUACCGAACAUUGAGAAUCCGGAAGUAUUCGGUAUGCAUGAAAACGCGAAUAUAGCAUUUGAGAACAAGGAAUCUCACACUUUAAUACAAACAAUAGUAGAUGUACAGCCUCGUACCGCCGGUGGUGGUGGCGGGGACACACCUGAUCAAAUUGUCUGGCGAAUUAGUGAUCAAACGCGAUCCAGAAUAUCUAAAUCUAUAGACAAAUCCCUCAUCAACCCAGAUCUCAUGAUACCUGAUGAUAUGGGGCAACUACAUUCUCUCACGACUGUGCUGAUACAUGAAACAGAUAGGUUCAACACGUUGCUUAAUUUAAUACAUCGUUCACUAAAUGAACUUCAGAAAGCAAUCAAAGGUAUAGUGGUAAUGUCAGAAGAGUUUGAAGAAGUUUUCACUUCUUUUAUAAAUAAUAAAGUCCCCAACAUGUGGCAUAAAAAAGGUUAUAAUUCCUUGAAAACUCUUGGUAGUUGGAUACACGAUCUCAUUUUAAGAGUUGACUUCAUGCAGAAAUGGUUAAUAGAUGGCGCACAGCCGAGCAGUUGGGUAUCAGGGCUUUUCUUCCCACAAGGCUUGCUCACAGGGUCACUACAGUCAUACGCCAGGCGCUUCCGUGUGCCAAUUGACGCGCUCAUGUUUGACUUCUUUCCAUUGCCGAUUUACUUGUCACAAGACGAUAUUUACAAACAAAAUAAUAGGAAAAAGGGCGAGGAGGGUCCAAAUGCUUACGAGAAUUUGCAGCUGCCUGAGGAUGGUGUUAACAUACAUGGUUUGUUUAUUGACGCUGGUCGCUGGGACGUGAGGUUAAGUCGUUUGGUUGAUGCUUUUCCUGGUCAAAUGAACCCUCCGAUGCCAGUGGUGUGGUUCAAGCCAGUGCUUACACUUCCGAAACCUGACCCUCGAUAUGAAGCACCUCUGUACAAAACGUCAGAGCGAGCAGGUGUGUUGUCCACCACGGGACACAGCACUAACUUUGUUCUACCUGUACUGUUGCCUUCAAAUCACCCACAAAGCUACUGGAUUAUACGUGGCACAGCUCUACUUACGCAAAUCACUGACUGA